CCUUUCAUUUUUUAUACUGUUGCUUUACACAAAGGGAAAGGGGAAAAAGGGCGGGGAAGGGAAAACAAACUGAAAUGAGAUACAAAGAAUUGUCAAGAUUAAGACUAAGCUUCCUAUUGCAUAAUCAACUCUACAAAAGACGUUUUUACUUUCAAUUGAGAAAUUUCUCCUACUUAACCCAUCAGCUACCUCUAGAUCCUCCUCAAUUUGACCAUAAUAUUGCCUCUAUUCAUUAUAUCUUUUCACAUCCAUGUUUUAAUCUUCUGGGCUUCUGCAAAAACAUCUAUUCUCUCAAGAAAGUUCACGGAUUACUCAUUGUUGAUGGCCUCGAUGGUGAUCUUUUAUGCAAUACCAAAUUGGUUAGCUUGUAUGGUUCUUUUGGGGACAUAGAUGCUGCGCGUGUGGUGUUUGAUAGAAUACCUAACCCAGAUCUUUACUCUUGGAAAGUGAUGCUAAGAUGGUAUUUUUUGAGUGAUUUGUAUUGGGAAAUUUUUGGGCUUUAUAGCCGUAUGAAGAUUUGCGUAAAAGAGUAUGAUAAUGUUAUGUUUUCGAUAGUGUUGAAGGCGUGUAGUGAAUUGCGCUGUAUUGAUGAGGGGAGGAAAAUACACUGUCAAGUUGUCAAGGUGGGCGAUCCUGAUAGUUUUGUGUUGACUGGUCUUGUAGAUAUGUAUGCUAAAUGCGGAGAGAUUGAGAGUUCUCGUCACGUGUUCGAUGAAAAUCUUGAUAGAAAUGUGGUUUCUUGGACUUCAAUGAUUGCGGGAUAUGUACAGAAUGAUUGCCCUGCAGAAGGAUUGACUUUGUUCAAUAGAAUGAGAGAAGGAUUUGUUGGGGGUAACCAAUUUACCUUAGGCAGCUUAGUUACUGCAUGCACAAAACUAGGGGCUUUGCAUCAAGGGAAGUGGGUUCAUGGGUUUGCGAUUAAGAGCGGUGUUGAACUUAAUUCUUACUUGGUGACAGCUCUUCUAGAUAUGUAUGUCAAAUGUGGAGUCAUAAAAGAUGCUAGGUCUGUAUUUGAUGAGCUAUCUAGUGUUGAUCUUGUCUCUUGGACGGCUAUGAUUGUUGGGUAUACACAAAGUGGCCUUUUUCACGAGGCUUUGAAGUUGUUUAUGGAUGAGAAAUUUGAUGCCUUGCCUAAUGAUGUUACCAUUGUAACUGUAUUGUCGGCAUGUGCACAGUUGGGGAAUUUGAAUUUGGGAAGGUCAGUUCAUGGUCUUGGGAUUAAACUUGGGUUUAGGCAAUCUACUGUUGCAAAUGCUUUGGUGGACAUGUAUGCAAAAUGCCAUAUGAAUAGAGAUGCGUCUUUCAUAUUUGAGAGAAUCUCUCACAAGGAUGUUGUUGCCUGGAAUUCUAUUAUUUCUGGAUAUUAUCAGAAUGGGUCUGCAUAUGAAGCCCUUGAAUUAUUUCAUCAAAUGAGAAUGGAAUUGGUCUUGCCUGAUGCAGUCACACUGGUCAGUGUUUUCUCAGCAUGUGCUCUCCUUGGUGCUCUCCGAGCUGGUUCUUCUCUCCAUGCUUACUCUAUAAAGGAGGGUCUUUUAUCAUCUAAUGUCUAUGUUGGCACUGCACUUUUGACCUUUUAUGCCAAAUGCGGGGAUGCUAAUUCUGCACGAACAGUUUUUGAUAGUAUGGGAGAGAAAAACAAUGUCACCUGGAGUGCAAUGAUUGGUGGUUAUGGAAUUCAAGGGGAUGCCAACGGUUCCCUUGCACUUUUCAAUGAUAUGUUGAAGAAAGACUUGAAACCGAAUGAAAUAAUCUUCACAACCAUUUUAUCUGCCUGCAGUCAUACAGGGAUGGUUGGGGAGGGAUGGAAUCUUUUCAUUUCAAUGUGCAAAGAACAUAACUUUGUGCCUUCGAUGAAGCAUUAUGCAUGCAUGGUUGAUCUAUUGGCUCGAUCUGGCAGGCUUGAAGAAGCCUGGGAGUUUAUAGACAAAAUGCCAGUUCAACCCAAUGUUAGUUUGUUUGGUGCAUUUCUCCAUGGAUGUGGGCUGCAUUCAAGAUUUGAUCUUGGAGAGAUAGCAAUAAGGAGAAUGCAAGAGUUACAUCCUGAUGAAGCUUGUUAUUAUGUGCUUAUAUGCAAUUCGUAUGCUUCUGAUGGAAGAUGGAAUCGAGUUAAGGAGGUAAGGGAGUUGAUGAAGCAAAGAGGAUUAACAAAAUCCCCUGGGUGUAGCCUCAUGGAGAUGGAUAUUGGCUAUGAUUUCUCAUUGCCCAGAGUUGCGUCUCUUGCAUAGGCCAUAACUUAUGCAUAUAACAGAAGGUGCAUUCACAGGCAAUACAAGGAAAUACCAAUUUGAAGAGACAAUUAUAGGAUAAAAAUCAGUUCAUCUACAGAAUUUUAUGCUAGGAGGAUUUUUUUUGAUGUGGCUCUAAAGUUCUUUGUAUCUGUGAACAUGGCCGUGAAGAGAAGAAUUAUAAUGCGCUACCUGACCAUUGAGAAGUAAGUGGAAAGUUUCCCAUCUGGUGAUCACUCCAUCACAACUUCAUGAGUGAGAAGAAAAUGCAUAUUUUCAAGGGGCUGGUUCAGUUGAAUGAACAGGAUUUCAUGCGGCUGGUAAGUGAUUUGUAAAUUGUAAUGGAGGAAUAAAAUUUACAACUAGCGGAGUAUCAUCACAAUUUGUGAGCGAGAUGCUACUAGAUGCUUUGGAGAACCCUUGCUGAGUUACACUUAAUGUAUACACUCUCCGAUUCCAAAUACUUGUCACAUUUGUAAAUUUUACAAAUGAUAAAUUAUUUUUUUACAUUUUUAUC